GUCAUUUAUACAAAAUAAAAAUCUAAAAAACUAAAAAAAAAAUUAAAAAACUUCUUCAUCUUCUGGAUUUUCUCACCAACCGUUCACCUUCUCAAGGAAUGUCUUUCACUCUAGAUUCUCACUCGACUCUCGUCUCCUUCACACUUGCCGGCGUCUCGUCUCGUCGCCGGCAUUUAAACGUCUCCCGGCCUUCCCAGGGCUCCUCGUCGGCGCUCGUCAUCUUCUGUUUUUGGGUCCCCGCCGUCAUCGAGGAUUGUGGACCAUCGUGGGGUCGUCGCUCGUCGUCUUCUGGUGUUGGAUCCUCACAUUCACCUAGUCGCAGUGGAUUGUUAAUUAUUGGCUCCCCAUAUAUCCUCUGGAAUCUUUUGAGAAGUUGUGAAGCUGUGGCUAAAGGGAUACAAGGUUAUUGUUCUUGAUAGAUGUCCUCUUGUUGUUUGAGGCCAAGAUGGACAAGUUCACAAAGCCGAUUAUAGUUGUGUGGAUUGAUCCUGAAACACAGAAAAAGAGACUCAUGGGGAGAGACAAAUCAAAUGAGGAGAAUGCUAGGAAUAGGAUCAAUGCUCAAAUGACACUUGAUUUGAAGAGGAAUAAAGCAGAUAUGGUGACAGAUAACAUUGGAUCACUUGAAUGAACAAUUUCAGAAGGUUCUAGUUGAAGUGUCAAAACCCUUGACAUGGACUCAGUUUUCACUGUCGAAGAAUGGAGCCUCGAUCAUACUUGCUUCACUGACUUCGGGUGUUGUUUUGUGUAUAAAAGCACUUUUAUAGUCACUUGUGUUCCUUAAAGAUUAAAUUUGAAUUUGUAAUUUAGCAUUUUAAAAGAUGAAUUUAACUGUCAAGUACUGCCAUCUUUUUUGUGGUUAUUUGACUAAUUCAUAAUUAUAAUGAGGUUGACCACUGUUUUAACAUUGAUAGUAAUGAGAAGGUGGAUCUUGGAUGUGAAAUAUUCAUAAUUGAA